UCCAGUUUGUCUGAGACUCCAAAAAAGAGUGUCACUCCAGGUGCUGAUGCUAGCUCUGAACCCAUGAUCCUGGAGCAAUAUGUGGUGGUGUCCAAUUAUGAGAAGCAGGAGAACUCCGAGAUCAGCCUCCAGGCUGGAGAGGUGGUGGAUGUCAUAGAGAAAAACGAAAGUGGUUGGUGGUUUGUGAGCACAGCAGAAGAGCAGGGCUGGGUCCCUGCUACGUACCUGGAAUCCCAAAAUGGAACCAGAGAUGACUCUGACAUCAACACGUCCAAGCUUGGGGAAGUUUCUAAGCGACGCAAGGCUCACCUGAGACGCCUGGACCGGCGAUGGACGCUGGGCGGGAUAGUCAACAGGCAGCAGAGUCGAGAAGAGAAAUAUGUCACUAUCCAGCCAUACGCCAGCCAGGGGAAGGAUGAGAUUGGGUUCGAAAAAGGGGUCACCGUGGAGGUCAUCCAAAAGAACCUGGAAGGAUGGUGGUACAUAAGGUAUCUAGGCAAAGAGGGAUGGGCCCCAGCUUCGUAUCUGAAGAAGGCUAAAGAUGAUCUUCCAUCUAGGAAAAAGAACUUAACUGGGCCAGUGGAAAUCAUAGGAAACAUCUUGCUGAACAAGAAGUCAUCCACUGAUAAAGAAACUCAAGCAGAAAAUGAGACUGCAGAAACCCAUAUCAGCAAGAAGGAAAUCAGUUUGCCCAUCCUGUGCAAUGACUCCAAUGGCAAUGCCAUGAUGACCCCAGAUAAGCAGGCCUCCAAACUGGCCCAGGGAUCUCCAGCCAUAGCAAGGAUAGCGCCACAAAGAGCUCAAAUAAGUUCUCCAAAUCUAAGAACAAGGCCACCCCCACGAAGAGAAUCUAGUCUGGGUUUUCAGUUGCCCAAACCACCAGAGCCCCCCUCCGUGGAAGUGGAAUACUACACCAUUGCAGAGUUCCAGUCCUGUAUCUCUGAUGGCAUAAGCUUUCGUGGAGGACAGAAAGCAGAGGUUAUUGAAAAGAAUUCUGGUGGCUGGUGGUACGUGCAGAUUGGAGAGAAGGAGGGAUGGGCUCCAGCAUCUUACAUUGACAAGAGGAAGAAACCAAAUUUAAACAGAAGAACCAGUACUUUAACCCGCCCAAAAGUUCCUCCCCCAGCACCUCCCAGUAAACCAAAAGACUCUGAAGAAGGAACAACUUCUGGAACUGUUUCUUCAGGAGAUACCCAGGACUCUCCCCACAAGCUGAAAUACGAAGAACCUGAGUAUGAUGUGCCUGCUUUUGGCUUUGACUCCGAGUGUGAAGUGAGUGAAAGUCAUCGUGAAGAAAGCACUCUUGAGAAACGACUGUUUCAGCCCAUCAAGCCCUCUCCUGUGUCAUCACUUCAGAAAGCAAAGUUCAAAGUAGGAGAGUCUUCAGAAGACGUUGCUCAUGAAGAAGAGACCAUCUAUGAGAACGAGGGAUUCAGACGUUAUGUGGAAGAUACUUUGUCUAAUAAGGAAUCUAGUGGAGACUCUGAUUCUCAGAAAAGCUCCUCUCUCUCCCUAAUCCGGAGGAAUUCUCCAUGUUCCAGCUCUCCUAAAUCAUCACUUGUGAAGCUCAAAAACAUCCAGACAGACAAAAACAUCCAACCCGAUCUUGGAAAAUGUCACUAUUCCAGGAGUGAGGAGACAAAACCAAGGUCAGCUUCAGACGUUGGCUUACGUACCAUGUCAAGAACUAGCAUGAAGAAGGAGCCUGAGCAGAGUCCUUCCAUUAGAGCAAAGCCAAUCGUUAGACCCAAACCCUUCCUGAACAAGGCAGACUCUCAGAGCCAAGAAAAGAUGGAUAUCAGCACUUUGAGGCGUCAGCUGAGGCCAACUGGGCAACUCAGAGGUGGACUUAAAGGUUCGAGAAGUGAAGAGUCUGAGAGCCCCCCACGCACAGCUUCUGAGAAUCAAGACGAUCCUGUUAGGAGGGGCUCGGCUGAUCUCAUUACAGCCCCUUCCCGUGGCAUUUUCUGCCCUAGUCAUCCAGCCAAAACUGAGCAAGAAAAUGACUCAAGAUGUUUCUAUGUGACCACUGACUCAUAUCAAAAGGUACAGGAUUCUGAAAUUUGCUUCCCAGCAGGAGCAGAAGUGGAAGUGCUGGAAAAACAAGCCAGUGGAUGGUGGUACCUGAAAUACGGAGACAUGGAAGGCUGGGCUCCUUCCCAUUAUUUGGCUCUCCCUGAUAACCAGCGAGAAACCACAACAGCAGAGACUGAUACCUCAUUUGCCAGGAACAGGAAAAAUGAGAACAAGUCAAACAGUCUAGAGAAGAUAGAGAAGAGGGUUCAGGCUCUGAAUACCAUCAACCAGAGCAAACGUGCAACACCACCCAUCCCAAGCAAACCUCCCGGUGGUUUUUCAAAACCAUCAGGGCCAGUCAAAAUGAGGAAUGGGGUGAGGCAACUUGCCGUCCGGCCACAGUCGGUGUUUGUGUCUCCACCACCAAAGGAUAACAACCUGUCAUGCUCCUUGCGCAGAAAUGAGUCUUUAACAACUACAGAUCACCUUAGGACCGUCCGUCGAAAUUCCUCCUUCAGCAACGCAUGGUCACAGCCUGGCGAUGGGAAGGGAAAGCAGCCUGAGCGGUCAGGUACAGAGGGCUCAGAGACCACCUCCAACCUCCCUACCCAGAGAAAUGGGAUUCCUGUGUCCACAGUCAGGCCAAAGCCCAUAGAGAAAUCCCAGUUCAUCCACAACAAUCUCAAGGACAUCUAUGUUUCCAUUGCAGACUAUGAAGGGGAUGAGGAGACUGCAGGGUUUCAGGAAGGUGUCUGCAUGGAGGUCCUUGAAAGGAACCCCAAUGGCUGGUGGUACUGCCAGAUCAUGAAUGGUGUGAAGCCAUUCAAAGGCUGGGUGCCCUCAAAUUACUUGGAGAAAAAGAACUAAUAUUGCAAUAUCUUUAAUCUCCCUAAUUUAUACUGUUCCUGCUAUGUACAUGUGGAAAAAACAAUUGCUACACAAAAAGACGUUUCCUUGUGCUCCGGUUUGUACAAAGGGACAAAGGAGUCUAUGCUGAGGACAAAUCUGCUGUGUUCUGGAGAGGUUUGUGGGGUUAACGUGUUGUAAACAACUAUGAGGAAGAUGCAGCAUACUCACAUGUCUUUUUGUGAAGUUGUUAAUAAUCUUGUAUGUGUAACAGGGUAUGGCAUCCCAUCUUUCCCGUUAUAGAUAGGAAACCAAAUGUGUGCCUUUUGUGAGAGAGAAAUACACGUGCAUCUACUUGGGGAGUUUUGUGCCAAACUUUGUUUUACAAUCUUGGCUCCUUUUCUCCUCGUUCUUGUCCGUACGUGGAAUACCCAGGAGUUUUGGAUGCAUUUCCACAAUGAGAAGUGAAUGGAAUUUUCUGAAACACAGAGGGACUCUAAUCCUUU